AUGACAAAAGGCUUUGUGAAGAUGUGUGAUCACAGAAAUGACCGUGGGGAUGAUGUGGACGAGCUGUCCGACAGUCACAACUCUGAGCCUGAAGAACAGCCCAGCAGAGCUCCCUUUGAACCAGAGCUGACCCUUGACCAUGAUGAUGAUGAUGAUGACAGGGUUGUGGUCUCUGCUCCAACUGCUCAGACUUCAUUCAGAUUGAGCUCAGCUUUCUUAAACUGCAGCCACAGUAUAUUUGACUACCUGGACAGUGUUAUCCAGCUGUCCUCCUCUCUGAACCAGGAUAAUGUCACAGAUGGAGAUUUUGUUCAGCCUUGGUCUUCAUGUCCCAUCAGGAAGACAAGCCAACCUCCAUCCACAAGCUUCACACCACCAAAGAAGAGAGUAGUCCCAGACUACCUGUUGCAGCCUGAACAUUGGACUCACUACAGUCUGGAGGAUGUGACUGAGACCAGCGAUCAGCACAACAGCAGGGCUGCUCACCACUUCCUGUCUAGUCUGCAGCAGGAGAAACAGCGUGAGUCAUCUUGUAACAUCCAGCAGAGGAUGAUCUUCUCCUGACCAAACCAACUGCAGAAGACACAGACUGUAGAUCAGCUGUCAGCUGUCAGAGGAGAGAAGAGGGGGAUGCACCUCAUUCAUCUGGAGGGGGGGGGGGGGGGGGGUGAAGGGCAGGGAGAUACAGAAGGCUGGAGGAAGGAGAAAAGAGUAGAGUGA